UCUCUGACGGCAUUUUCCAACGUGUGAACGUUAUUUCGACCGGUGCGCAAUAAAUUACAAAACUAAAACAUUUUGGUGGUAUUUAAUGAAUUAAGAAUUUAUUUACAUUUGCCAAAGUCAAAUGCAAAUGCAGUGAUGCGCUAAAAAGUGUGCUAUAUUUGAGUGAACAACGGCUUUCAUUAAGUGAAGUUUGUUUGUGUUGAGUUUUGUUGUUGUUGUUGCUGUGGCAUUGGUUUAACCUAAAUCGCUUCUUAGCGAUUAUGAAAUAACGGCUUCAAGUGGCACUCGUCGCUGUUGUUGCUGCGGUUUGAAUAGCAGCAACAACAAUAAUAACAAUACCAACAACAGCAACAGCACACUAACAACAGCAGCAACAACAACUAAAAGUAGGCAACAAUAAUGUAACUGUUUAAUGACGGCAACGCACAUUGAACCCUAGCGGGGAUGUUCUGUAUGCAAGAUCCCGUUACUUGCAAUGUUACCCCGCGUGGCAAAAAUUCCCCCAGCCCGCGCACGCAUGCUUAGCCGGCGUUGCGUGUGGAAGACUACAGUUUAUUUCGCCUAAUUCCUUUUCUUUCUUUUUGUUUACAAAGUUCAACUGUGAAUAUGGCUUGCUCUCUCUUGAGCUCUCUCACAGCUCCGUUCAAAUGAAUAGCUGCACUUAUUGAAAUUGAACCAAAAUUUACGGUUCUUAAUGCAUUCCAUUUGCACAGUGGGCUGUUUUUAUGAAUUUUUAAUUUUGUAAUUGAAGUCGCUAAGAAGAAGAUUCGCUAAGAAGAUUCGCGUGUUUCAUUUAGUUUUCUUCCGCAAUUUAUAAGCAAUAUCAGUGAAUCGGCAAGUUUUAUGUCUAACUGUAAAAAAAUGAUUAAUGUUUGAAUGUUUUUCCAGCAGACUUCCGUUAUACUUUUACGUAAUAAACACGCCACGACACUCUUUUUUUUUUUUUUAACAAAAAGCGAAACUCCACAAUUUCGAGAAAUAAUUUAUCAAAGAAAACUAAUAUCCAAAGUGAACAAAAAAGACAAAAAAUUAAGAAAGAAAACAAGCGGCAAACAAAACGUAAUAUAAUAGAAAGCCACAAAAGAGAAAAGAGGAAAAGACAAUAUUUGUUUUUAGUUUUAUUUUUUAUUAUUUUCAUUUUUAUUUUGGCACACAAUGAGCCAAAGUUUUGAUAGUUUAACGCACGGCGGAGGCGGAGGCGGAGGUGGGGGCGGACGGCGAGACUAUGCGGAGCGACAGUCCUCGGAGGAUGUGCCGGAUUCGACGGCAACAACAACAACAACGACAGCCGGCGAUUUAGCCGCUGGCACAGCAGCUGCGACACUGCGAGAUGACGAAUUCAGCGAGGAUAACAAUUUCGAAUCGAAUUUGCGACGUCGCAAAGGCAAAAUAAUAUCCUGUGCCAAGGAGACAAUUGAGAAUGCUUCCCGCCAAUUACGCCGUAAAGUGCCAUACGCUGGCCAUUUGAUGACGCCGCGUCGCCUCUGGCUCAACAAAAUCCCCACACAAUGCGAUGUGGUCAUUGAGUUUCCCGAGGAUGCACCAGAUGAGCCGCUGCGAUGGCUGUUAGCCCGGAUUCGCUCGCAGCCGCCAGCUGGUCUCGGUCUGCUGGUACAAGUGAAGGCCCACGACAGCUCCAGACGUAACGCGUUCUAUGUGAGCGCGCCAGUUAAUGUUCUCUUCAAAGCCGCUGAGGAGGCACGUUUGCCGAAACGUUUGCGGCCCGAUUUGGGCGGCGCGUUGCGUGAGUUUACGACACGGGAGAGCCAUUGCUUUCAGCAGCUGCGCGGCGAUGUGGGCAGCACGGCGCUGUUCACCUCACAGGAGCGCCAGUGGCUGGUGCUGCAGGUGUUGCAGGGUCUGCGUGCCGGCUGCAGCGACAUCGAUGCGUUGCAAGGACGCGCCGCGGUGGCCGAGGGCCAGAGCAUUGUGGCCGCCUGGCAGGAAUCGGGUCUGAUCACUCAGGUUUUUCCCCUGCACGAGCCACGCUCGCUGGCACAGCUGCAAACGCAAUGGGUUAAGCAAAUAUUUGCCCCACAGCCAUUGGAUGACAUCGCCGCCUAUUUUGGCGUUAAGGUCGCUCUGUACUUCGCCUGGCUGGGGCAUUAUACGUGCGCGCUGGGCGUGCCCGCCGUGUUUGGCACCAUACUUUAUUGCAUAUUGUGGGGCAAGGGUCAGACGGCGCAGGAUAUGGGCCAUGUGCUGUUCUCGCUGUUCAACGUGGCCUGGGCCUCACUGUACUUGGAAGCCUGGAAGCGUUACUCCGUCGAAUUGGCUUUUCGCUGGGGCACGCUCUCAACGCCGCCCGAACUGCUGGAGCCGCCGCGGCCGCUCUAUAAGGGCCCGCUGGAGGAGAACAAUGUGACGGGUCGAUUGGAGCCAAGGGAGGCGCCCGCCUGGCAGCGUCGCGCCUUUCGCUAUUUGGUCAGCUUUCCUGUGAUUGGACUGUGCCUCUGUGUGGUCUUUGCUGUUAUGUUUCUCAUGUUGCGCUUCCAGGAUUGGCUGGAUCAUCAUAAAAUACCCGAUAGAGGAAUUGCUCAAUGCAUGUAUAAUUUGCACAAGGACUGGUGGGACUCGAAGCUGCCCGAGGACAGUGUCUUGUGCUGCCUGAGUGUGAUACCCAAAGUGCUGCUAGCUGGUGCGAUUACCUUGAUGGAUGAGGCCUAUUUCAAGCUAGCCGUUUGGCUGAACGAUAAGGAAAACUAUCGCCUGCAAUCGAAGUACGAGAAUCAUUUGAUAGCGAAAGUUGCGCUAUUUCAAUUCGUCAACUCGUUCCUUUCGCUCUUCUACAUUGCCUUCUAUCUGCGGGAUGAGGACAAGCUGAAGGAGCAAUUGGCUGGCUUGCUCAUCUCUCGUCAAAUUAUUGGCAAUCUACGCGAAUCGGCUGUACCCUAUGUCCUCGAGCAAUGGAAGCUGGCCAAGUUGAGCUUCAAUAUGUGGGGCGCUCUGAGCCCCACACAGCAUGUUAAUCGCAGUCUAGCCGAGGAGUUGGCCACGGCCGAGGAGAAGCUCAAGGCUGAGGCGGCUGCCACAACUAAAACUACAGCACAGCAGGAGCAACAGCAGCAGCAGCAGCAAUCGGCUAAUAAACGUGACAUUGGACAAGCCGAGAUUGAGAGCUCUCUAUAUAAAUACGACGGGACAUUCUCGGAUCAUUUGGAGAUGCUGGUGCAAAUGGGCUAUGUGGUGCUCUUCUCGGCCGCCUUCCCGCUGGCCGGGGUCUGUGCGUUAAUUAACAACCUGAUGGAGAUCCGUUCGGAUGCGUUUAAGCUGGCCCAUGUGCAUCAGCGGCCGUUUGGGCAGCGCGUGGCCAACAUUGGCACCUGGCAGAAUGCGUUGAGCAUUUUAUCGCUGGCCGCGGUUAUUGUCAACUGUGCGCUGAUUGGCCUCUCCGGGCAGGUGUCGCGCCUCUGGCCUGGCCUGACCACGGCGCAAACUAUAAUUUUAAUCGUGACGCUGGAGCACAUUAUGCUGGGCCUGCGGCAGGCGUUGACUUGGCUGCUGCCGGAAUUGCCCUCGUGGCUGGCGGCGGAAAUAGCGCGUGCCGAGCACUGUCGCCGCGAGAUGCAGUGCAAGGGCACCUCGCCCCGGCCCACACCACCGACACCGCCCUCAACCACAUCCACGCAGCCGGAGCAGGAGGUCACAGGCGCCGAAACCACGCACGAUCAGUCCAUGGAGAGUCAGCUGGCUGAGGAUAUGCUGCUCUAUGGCCACGAGCUGGGCGCCAGCUAUGGCCGCAGCAUUGAGGCGGAUGUGAAUAUAUAUGAGAAUCGUGACUCUUCGCCCGACUCACCGCCAUCGCAGACUAGCACCAUACUCAUAAGACCGCUGCAUGAAUCCACGCCGCCGCACGGUGGCGCCUCGCUGAGCAGUUUGCAUCACGAUGGCAAUGGCGCUUGUAAAAGUUGUAGGCAAAAAUCGCAAUUCUUUAUACCGGAAAUACCGCCAUUUCUUGGAUAUUCGGUGCGCAAUUUGAGUGCUCUGUCCGCGCACGGUCAGAGAGUGCAACAACAACAACAGCUGCUUAGCGGCGCUUCAGCUAGCACGCUAGCUCUGAACUCAGCCGCUGCCAGCUACGCAGCGCCGAUGCAUAUACAAGAAAUACCGCCGUUCCGCAAGAAAUCGAGCGAUUCGGCUGAUCAGACAGGCAGCAGCACGGGCAGCAGUCCACAGCGCGCAUCGAUGCGCCAACUGCUGCAAUCAACCCACCAGCAGCAACAGCAACAGCAACAGCAACAACAACAGCAGCAACAACAACAACAACAACAUCAGCAGCAAACAACAAGAAUCGCAGAGAUUCCGCCGUACAGCAAGCAGCGUAAAAUAUCCACAGAGAGCGUUGCCAAUGUACCGCUGAGCGACAAACUACAUAUAAAACUUCACGCACCCGAAUGGAUGUCACGCUUAAAAGUGAACGACAAUGUGAAUCUCCAUAGAAGCAUAGAUUGUAUUGCCAAGGAGCUCGGCAACACGGCGGACAACUCAGACAUAUUGAAGCCGGCGCCAUCCUGGAGCAACGUGGCCUUGAAGACAGGCGCUCCGGGCAUUAUGCUGGCCACGCCCCCAGCUGCUCAGCAAAUUGUCGCCUCCUCAUCGUCGUCGUCGGGCGGCGGUGGCAGCGUUUUCAGUCCGAGUAGCGUGGGCCCAGUCGUCGCCGCUGCCAGCAGCAGCAGCGGCAUCAGCAAUUCACAGUCACGACCCAGUGUGGGCGCUUUAUCCAAUUCCUCAUCGAGUUCAUCGCACAAGCAACAGCAGCAGCAGCAGGCGAAACAGGCAAAGGAGGCCAAGGAGGAGCGAGAGAAAGAGCAGGAGCAGGCGGCAGCGGCAGCCACUGCAUCCACAUCCGCUGGCAAUACAGACGAUGAGACAAAGGCUGCCGAGUUGGCGGCCAAGAAAUCGCGGCUUAAACAAAAGCUGGUUAAGAGCGCGCGAUCUGUGGCCAUAUUCUCGCUCAAGCUCAAGGAGCGGCGACAGCGCGAGGCGGAAAAGGCAGCCACAAUUGCUGUGGAGCAUGCCAAGGCUCUGGCUAAGCUGCCAAUGCCGCAGCCCGUGGGCGGUGAGCUGUCUCUAAUACCCAUCGAACAUCUAAUACAAAUCGAUGAUAUCAAGCCAGCGAUCAAGCCAGCAGCAACAACAACAACAACAUCAGCAGCCGUUUCAUCGAGUACACAGCCGGGCUCCUCUAUGCAUUAUCAGCAGCAACAGCAGCAUCAGCAGCAGCAGCAGCAGCAUUAUCAUCAUACGGAUAAUUAAGCUUAAUCGACAGAGCUUAGACUAACUAUAAAAACAACGCACACUGUAAAUAGUUUUUUUCUAUGCACGUAAUACCCAUAUCUGGUCCAUGUUUUAGAACGAUCUAUCGCUAACAUAUUGAUGAUAUGAGCCAUUUGCUGAAUGUGUGUCUUGUCCAGAGUUGGAAGCAACUAAAUAACGUCUAUGUACUAGUACACCUAACAAACUAAUUAACGAAUGUUAUUAACUAUGAUAUGAUAUGGCUUUCAAAACA